UGUUGUGUUUGAGGGUCCUCGUGUUAUCCUACUUUGGUCACGGAGCUAUGAUUGACAGAACUGAUGAUAAACACUCGGAACUCAAUUCCAAUCAACUUAAAACCAACAAAAUAAAUGGCCAUCCUCAUCUUGAAUGGCUUUUACAAAGAAAUAAAGAAAAGCAAUUUGGCGGUGACGAGGUUCGUUUGUCAUAUAUAGAGGGACUAUUGGAUGAACCAUUGCUUGAAAGUGGUAAAAAGUCAUCUAAACCUAGGUCUUUUGUUGAAGAGUUACUUAGUGAGCCCCUGUUUGAGAAUGGACUAGCGAAAGCAGUGAUCAAAUCUCACCAGAACGCCCAGGAACUUUUAAACAUCCCGGUGUCUCCUUCAUUAACACUGAUGAAGUCUACCCACAAAUUACCGGAUAUUUUCUAUCCACCGCCAACGGAUCAGUUUUUAAAGAGCGAACAGGAUCGGGAUGAUUUUCUUGACUUGGUUGUUGAGGGUCUAGAAUUUGUCAAGCAGACAGAAGACAAAAGAGAGAAAACUGAAAAUAAAUCUGAUAGAACUUCACAUGAUGAUGAUGAUGAUAGCAUCACGUUUGAAGAUCAAAUGAGGGAUGUUACCAAUGGAAAUAAGUUUGAUAUCUUACAAAGUAUACCAGGUAUUGAAGAAUUAGUAGACGAUUCUCAUCAUAAAGGCAAUAAAUUUGGCCUUCUUACUACAGACAAUGUGUUAGAUUUUAACAACAGAAACAGUUUCAAAGGAUCUAUUAGAGUUACCGAAAACAACAAAGUCUUGCUGGAAAGAAAAAAUACACCAGUUCCACAGACUUCUAUCAGGAAUAAAAAAUUUCCAGUCAAGGCACCAAACCCCACAUCAGCAACCUAUACAAUAUUUCGAAGAGAUAAAAAGCCAAAACAGUCUACACUGAAGAAAAAGAUUAUACAUCAUCUAGUUUAUAUUUUGCCGUUAACUAAAUCAAAAAAUCUUAAUAGAGAUGACCAAAUAUCCACCAGGAAACUUUCAAUAUCUACAAAAAGAAACAAAGACUUUCGUAGAAAAAAAGUUUAUCUUUUUCCAUCAAAAUUGACUGUAACUUCAGAACAUCACCACAAAGGAAAACAGAAUUCAAAUCGGAAGUUUUCAAAUACAGACAAAUCAUAUGUCAUGAACAAACAUGUUCCAGAAAGUGAAAAAACUAGCAGCACCUAUAAGAAUAUCUUUCUUCCAUCUCAUUUUGAAAAUUAUCCAUCCUCCAUCGAUUUUCAAGAUGGAAGUUUUUUAUCAAGUCAUCAUGCUAAUUCUUUUAGCUAUGGUCCAGAAAUGAAACGCUUUAUCACUGAUUCUUAUGAUGGUCAUUCAUUAUUUCCUUAUGUGCAAGCCCGUCACUUGUUGAAGUCAUUACACCACAGAAAGUUGAACGCCUACUAGAAUUCUGAUUCGAUUCCACGGAAUAAAGCUGGUGGAUUGUUUUAUUGGACAUUGCCUACCAAGUCCUCAGUCAAACAGAAUUUUAUCGACAGAAAUCAAUAGGGUUGGGCAAUAGGCAAAGUCUGUAUCACUUUUUCGAAAUCAAAUUAUAAAAUACAAAAAGUCCCCAUGCAAAAUGAAAAAAUGCCACACUCCAGACUAACCAUUUGGUGUAUAUUCAAUGUUGUUAAUUAUAGGUUAGUUUUCCAUGUCUUAUUUAUUAUUGUAUGGUUUUACUCCUUGUACAUGUACAUUAUUAACUAUUUAUGAUUUAUCGUUUGCUGUCUUUUUUCAUGCCGUUGUAAAGGUUCAAGAUUAACCAUGCAUGUAAGUUGGGGAGUAACAAAUGCAGGAUUUUUUUUGUUUUUUUGUUAAUGAGUUAGUUGAUAAAUAUUAAUUAGACAUAUUAUGUGUAAGUUCAUAGAAGUCGCUUUUUUAUGUUUGUAGACGAUA